AUGAGACCGCAUCUCCCCACCAUCCUCAACGUGGUCGCUUUCUUGGCGAGCGUGUCGCUCUGGUCGCAGAGCUGCACUGCUGCCGACUUUAUGGUAGCAGACGACCCUUCCAGCUCCUCAACUCUGCCGCAGGCACAGAGGAGAUGGCCAAGUUUGUUCCAGAAUCGACCAAAUGUAGCAACAUACAGAAGCAACUACCUCAGUGCCGAGAGGAUCGCUCGAGUAGUGCGCAGUACUGCUUUGUAUCAGGACCCUCGGAUGCCUUUGGACGGAAACACGCCAAUCUUGAAUAUCCUGACUCUUCCGGACCAGGUUGCACAGACGCUUGUCGAUUACGAAAGUGUCGUUCUCCUCGACACAUUGCACAGAAGUGCGGUGUAUAUCGAACUGCAAGACGGAAAACUCUCGCAGCGAGACGCAACUCGGGAAGGCGUGCAGAGGCUGUUAACAUUGUUUGGAAUGGACCCCAACGUCCACAUAGUCCAGAAAGUCAUAUCGGAUCGGCUGUCGUAUAUUGACUCGACGCUUGAAAGAUACGAAGAGGUCGCUGGAUUGCCGCACGCCCAAGGAGUUCCCAUGUUGACAGCCAAUCACGACACCUACGAGAAUAUGCUUGCCGCGUCAACACAAGGCCACAGAUCCUUCUGGCUUCCGCACGAAGGAAACUACAUCCUGAUCCGUCCAUGGGAAGAACCAUUGUUCGAACGAACCCGCCGCCAUGCAGCAAAGGAACUCAGACGUGUACGAGAAGGCUUCUUGACGGCCGAAAACACCUACGGGAGGGCAUACGCCGGGCUCAUUUGGGGUCAACCACUACCGCCUGACACCUGGCCGCACCCUGCACAAAUCGAGCCUCCCAACAUUGUCGAUUAUCCGCGUUUUGGUUCGCAUUCAGCCAGUCACCGAGAGCUGAUUCAGGCGCUUCAAGCGCACGGGCGAUUGCGCCUCUACAUCACCUCGAUCGCCCAAGGUGGUCCUAAACAAGAUUCUGUUUUCAAGGUAUGGUUGGAGCCCGCACACGGUCAACAUCCAGUGCGUGUUUCCAUUGAAGAGCUAGACAAGAAGAAGAUCCUCGCCGAAAAGGCGUUGGCAAUUGUGAGAAAGUUCAAGCUGCCAGAAAAGCUCGCUCAGCUGCGAUACUAUUGA